AUGGCGGACCUCCGCCAGCAGAUCUGGAGCGCCGGCGGCAUGGUCGCCACUCCCCAGAGUGACACGGAGGUGGCGGCGGUGGCGGCGGCUGCAGCGGCGGCAGAGGUGGCGGUAGGCGCAGCAUCCGGAGAGCUUGCGGGCAGCGGUGCCCCCGGCGGUGGCGAGCCGCCUGCGGAUGGGAGAGCGGUAGCAGCAGCAGCAGCAGCAGCAGGAGAAGAAGAUGCCGUUGUAGCAGCGCUUGCGGCGGAGUCGUCGCGCGCGAUGGUGCUUCCUCUCACGCGGACCGCAAGCGUCGGCAGCGGCGGUGGCCAGGCGACGUCGCCCCAGGAUUUGAUGGUGGCGACGGCGGCGACGAGCGCCCUUGCCCGCGGAGGAGGCGGCGUCGACAGCGUAGGCACCAGCACCAGCACCAGCGGCACCAGCGGCACCAGCGGCACCAGCGGCGGCGGCGGCGGCGGGCGCCAUCCGGGGCUCGGCAAGCGCGCGCAGAGCAUCUCGGCCGCGCUCACGCAGGACGAGGGGCUCAUCCACAAGCAGCGGUUCGAGAGCGGCCGCGCGUCCUUGCGCGCCGGCGCCGCCGGCGCCGUCCCGACGACGGCGGUGGUGUCCCGGUCGUCGGGGUCUGGGCCCGGGGGGGCUCCGCCGCUGGUGCCAACGGGGCCGUACCCUGCCUUCGGCGGCGAUGCCCCGAAGGACCUCGUGGCGGGGCCCGGGGAGCGCUUCGCCGGUCCCUCCAGCAGCAGGUCGCGGCGAGCCGACGGCUUCGUCCUGGUGGAGCUGCGAGAUGACGAUGCCUUGAUGGUGAAGGGGGUCCGUAUAAUGCUCGGGGUCCAAACUGGGGGCGCCAACGAGGGAGGAGGACGGGGAGGUGAUCGAGGUGAUGGCGGCGGUGGCGGCGGUGGCGGAGGAGGGGGCGGGGGCGGGCGGGGCGAGCCUCGUGCGAUGAGGAUGAUCCUGCAGUAUAGGGUCUUUGAAGCGGGGCACGGUAUUAUCGGCACGGAGCUCCGGAUGGAGCCGCAGCAUGGCCACGUAUGGGUGGAGCGGCAGCAGGGGACGAAGGACUCGGCCGGUGGUGGAGGCGGCGGUUCGUUUUGGAUGUCCGAUAAGGAGCUGUUCCAGAACCUGAUCCGCUACGUGGACGCCGCGGACCUGCGCAUCCUGUCGGCCUUCAAGAGCUAUAUCUACCUUCAGCACAAAAGCGAAGCUGCGGCAAGGAUGUCCCCGAUCGCCCGGGCGAGGGACCACGCCGCCACCGCCGCGAAGUCCAGCGCCGCUGCCGCCCACAACAGCGGGUGGGACAUACCAGGGGCGAGCAGGGCAGGGCCGGGCGGGCGGCGUGGUGGAGUGUGCUCUCGACAGAGCAGCAGCGGCAGCGCUGGCGGUGCUAGCGGCAUGGAGACCUACCCGCGGCGGCAGUCUUCCCCCGGCAGAGUCCCCCAGAGCAGGAGCGGGAGUGGGAGCGGGAGCGGGAGCUUCGGCGGCGGUGGCAGCAAGCGCGGCGGGGCGAGGGACGGCGGCGCGGGAGACGACGCCGACGUCCUGUCGGAGGUCGCCGUGCCCGUGAGCCUGAUCAACCUCGUCGUGCACGCAGACCAGCGGCGCGCGCCCCUCCGCAUGUUCCACUUCGCGGACGCUCUCCCGUCGCUGCCGCCGCCGCCGCCGCCGCCCCCGGCACACAACACGCCGUCGCCGAGGAAGAUAAGGCAGAGGCCGUCCAGGGGCGGCCCGGGAGGCGGCGCCGCCGGGGGGGCGAGAGACAGCGGCGAAGUCGGGCAGCUCCCGACGACGAAGGAAGGCGUGGUGAUGGGGCGGGGCGUUGGGGCGGGAGAGAAGGGGGCGGAGGAGCAGCAAGGAAGAAAGGACGACGCGGGGCGGCAGAGGGAAACGGUUGAGAAUGACGACGGCGGCUGCGCCGCCGCCGCCGCCGCUCCUGCUGCGAGGCACUGCGCCACGUGCGAGGCGCUGCCGGUCGUCCAGAUCGACAACAACGGCGAUAAUAAGGACGGGGACGGUGCCGGGAGCCCCGCGGUGGGCGACGGCGGGCAGGGGGGCACCGCGGGAUCUCGUGGGCGAGCCGGGUCGGUGCACGAGGGUGACUUGUCGGCGAACGAGCAGAUGCACGGCCUGCUGGAGAAGGUGCUGGAGGACACGCAGAACGUGUCCGUCCCGUGGGCGAUAACCUCGUCGGACCUGAUCCCGCCGAGCAUCUACCUGGUCGCCAACAGCAGCAGCGGUAGUAGUUCCGGCAUCGCUGCUUCGCGGGUCGGCGGUGGUCGCUCCGGAGGCCACUGCAACGCUGGCCCGGCGUCACCCCCUACCGCCGGGGCUUCCUCUGGCGGUGGAGGCGUGCCGGGAUUGGCCCCGCCCACUCUCAAGGGCGCCUCGGGGCCCUUGCCCUCCGAGCUGGCGAUGCGCGGCCGCUGGUUCUCGAGGACGAUCGGCGACGGCGCGAUACUCCUGACGUUCCUGCCGGCCUUGGACGAGUGGAGGAAGGAGGUGUCGGCGCGCCUGGAGCAGAGGAGAGCGCUGCGGGAGGCGAGGAAGACCCGGAAGUGGAAGAAGAGCGGCAGGAAAGGACCCGGCAGGGGUGGUGCUUGCGCUGGCAAGGGUGGCAACGAGGAUGAGGACGACUCGCUCGGCCUCUUUCUGUUCCUCGUGCGGUCCGGGGACUUCGGGCUGCCCAUCGAGCCGCAGAGCGCCAAGCUGCGGGACAUCCGGAGGAUCUUGCUGGCCCACAUCCCGCGCAGUCACCACCAGGCGAUGGCGUUCAAGCCCGCACGACGGAUUGGGUGGGGAGAUGAUCCCGGCGGCGGGCGCGUCGGCACGUUGGCAAGGUCGUACCAGGGGCUCGUCAACCUGGAGCAUCGGAGAGCGUUCCUCAGGGUGGUCUACGCGGCCCUGCGGGAGGGGAGGAUGCUCUGCAGCGGCGAUCUCGCUUUCGCCCUGUCGGGGUGCGGCGAGACUUCCCGGGAGGUGAACAUCACCAGGCUGCGGCGGGUUGUGCUGGACAACGGCACGGCUGAGGGCGCUCCGCGUGCGGAUCCGGCUGAUGCCGCGCAGCAGGCAGAGCCGGACAAAGCUGCGUGCGACGUGGAGUUCACAAGCAUCCUUUCGAGGUACCUUCGGCCCGUCCCCGGCACGGUGUACUACAUCUACUGGGAGAGCGAAGACGAAGGGUGGGGUGCUGCCAACAUCCCGCAGGCGAGUUCCGCGUCGGCUACUGGUGGUGGUGGUGCUGCUGCUACUGCUGCUGGCGGGACGCUGAUGCCGCCACAUUCGGUGACAGAGACAUCUCUAAGGACGACGGCGGUCGCAGCCGGCCACCAUUGGUCCGGCCAGGUGGCGGACAACGUGGCAGCAGCUCUGGUACCCACAUACCGCGGAGGGUCACCACACGACAACAACAGCAGCACCAGCACCAGCACUUGCGCCAACCAAUCACUUCAGGGCCGUAGCAGCUCCCUGUCUGCCGUCGCCGACCCCGAGACGGUGGCUGCUUCUUCUGCGGCGGCCGCGGCGGUAACGUCUUCGGCGUCUUUCCCGCUCUUCGUGCGCUUCGAGGUCGUCCACGACGAGACGGUGUGCGUCGACGGGCCCGACGAAGAUGCGGCGGCGAUGGCCACAAUAGCGGCAGCAGCAACUUCAGGGGACGGGGACGAAAACGAGCAUGACGGCAGAGUCCACGUCGGCAACGACGCGGCCCCAGGUUCGUUUCACUACGGCGCUUGGCAGCAGCAGCCGCGGCGGCACCGAAGCAGAGGGUGCGUCGUCGACGCCAGCCACGCGUUGUCGCGAGCUCUCAAGUCGAUGCCGAACGUUGCCCGUGCUGAGCAGGCGGUCGGCAGAUUCGAUGGGGCCGGCGCCUGCGCCGACUGUGAAGGCCUGGGCGGGGCGCAGUCGCAUCUCUGCAUUUUGGCGACGACCUUCCCUGCGUCUGAUUGGUCAAGGUCUGCUUCCAGCGGUGCGGAGGCUGGGGCUGGCGGCGACGGACACUCGCCUGUGAAGCAGCAGCAGCAGCCGCAGCCGCAGCAACAACAGACGGGCGCCCGGUUCGGGCAGUGCCGUCGCCCAAGGACCUUGAGUACGGGCGACCUUGCCAUGGUCCACGGCGGCGGCGGCGGGCUACGCAUCGGCGGCGGCAGCAGCGGCAGCGGCACCACGAUGCCGAUUAUCCCGAGCCUGGCCCGUCUGACCGAAGCGCUUCGAGAGCACAUUGACAAGAUCUACUGUUCGGAAGUCCUCCGGUCUCUCCUUCGGCGCACUCCGGUGACCAUGCCGACGCUCAUGACCGUGCGGAGGUGUCUCCGGCCCGUCCCCGCGGAGGAAAUCACCCGCUUCUUGGUUCCCCUAGAGUUCAUGGUGGACAUCUCGACCGAACCGCAUUCCGCCAACAUCGGCCCACGGGGGCUGCGCUCCAUCGCCAACGCGAGGGAGCUCCUGGACCAAGAGCUCCUCAGGGGAAAGGCGCCAUGCUUCCGCCGCGCCAAGGAGGAGGACGAGGAAGACGACGACGACGACGGUGAGGGUGGGCAGGAGGCCCCUACCAAGGCCGUGUCAGAUUCCCUCCGCCAAGACAUCGAGGCGGCGAAAGGACUCUUGUUUGUCGUGGAGGAACGGGUACGGGCGGGUGACGAGGGGGCGGCGCCGCCGUUGCAUGGUUGCCAAGCAGGUGAUGGUGUGUCAUCGCCGCCGCCGCCGCCGCGCAUUGACGCGAGUGCAGACGGGAGGAGGAACGGGGCCACCAGGACAGAUGUUGGCGUGGACGAUAACGCUCACAACGGCGGAGACUCUUCUCGCCAUCCGGCAGAGGCAAAUGAUGACUAUUCGGUCCCGUACUGGGGAAUCGUGAGGGUAGGGGAGCUGACGAACGAUCCCGGCGAAGAACCCGAGCCGUGGCCGUUGUACGGUGCCAGCCGCGCACGGACGCGGCAACUGGGGAAGACGGCGCACGCCUUUUCCAAGCCGUCGGAACCGAUGCCGGCGUCUCAGGUUUCGGUCCACCACCCGCGGGGGAGCACGGUCUCGGCGAACAAGGGCACGGUGAUCGACGGAAUCAAGAGGGGUUUGCACUUGGCGGCGCGGAGAGUUAACCAGCUCAUGCUCCUUGAGAGUCUGAUCCAGACGAGGGUCGCGUGCGAGGUCCUCAUCCCUCCGCCCCGCCCCCCUGCCACGACGACCACGGCACCGGACAUGCCCGAGGUUCUCCGGGUCGGAGGCGUGACGUACAGCAACCCACGCGCUCGCCGGCCGAAGGCCAACGCCUUGACGGGCGGCGCGGGCGCUCCCCUCGGUGGUGUUGGCGGCGGCUCCCGCAGCAUCGACGACAAGGGCGUUGGGGAAAGAGGAGGACUCCUCAUGCAAUCGCCGCCACCCGCCGGGACGGCAUCGCCGGUUGCGUCGGCGGCAAAGGACGCCGGCGUCGUUGCCCGCGAUGGGGCCGUGGGCACUUCGUCGGCGUUCGUCGCGCCAGAGUCUGCUGCUGGCACCGGCGGGAGUUCCGACCGGAAAAAACUGUCUCCGAGGGUCGACGGUAUCGGGCCAGGCGGAGAGGGUCUCCUGAGCAAGGCCUCGACUUGGGCGGGGUGCUCCCUGACGGUUGACACACGGAGUGUCGUUCGUGGGGUUUUCCGUCGCGAGAAUAGCCUAGACGCCGCCAACAAGGGGAGCGGCAGUCCUUGUUCUUCGCCUACUCAACUGGUGUUGGACGGCGGCGGCGGUGAGAGCGGGAGAGUUGUGGACGGCCGGGCAACAAAUUCCACCCAUGGGGGCGGUGGCGAACAGCAACAGCAGCAGCAGGAGGAGGGCGGGCUUGUUCUUCCCCAGCGGGAGCUCGGCCAGGCGUUCCGAGAAGGAGAGCUCCAGUGCGAGUGCAAGUAUUCCAGGCGGUUCCCGCUGUACCACCGGCUGCAGGCGCAGAUGGUGCUCGUCACCCUCGCCACCACUGCGCUGGAUGGCUUGCGAGUCCACGGGAGGAGUGACCUGUACGUGUGCCCGGACCAGCUGGGGAACUUCUACAUGACUCUGUCAGAGUCGCCCAGAAGGGAUGCGGCAUCACGCGGGUCCAGGCAGGAGGCAUCAUCUCAACCGGUUAUCGAGCUCAAAGUCUACGGAAUCGAGGACCUGAGCACGGAACUGAAGCGGAGACUAAACGACAAGAUCGAAUUCAAGCUAGCGAAACAAGGAUGGGAGGCUCUCUCGUCGCAGCUCGGCAUGAACGACCACUUGAACGUGACAGCUGCAGACUGGGAGUUUGUGCGUACCGGCCCUAAUGCCGAUCUGGCCAGGGAUAGCGGCGGCGUCUCUAGAGGAGGAGUUACUGGGCGCGUACAACAAGCUACUUCCCGUGGCAGUGGCAGCGGCGGUGAAGAAUUCGUGGCUCGAGCAGCAGACGAGCAAACACGACAGGAAAAGUCGCACUCUGACAGCAGCAGCAAGGGAAGCUUCACGGCCGCCACCACCAAGGUUCACAAGGAGGACAGGGGGGGCAAGGAAGGCGCUGCACCCGCUUCCCUUCCGGGACACGGUCGGGCGUGGUUCUCCCUGCCCGCUGGCGGCGUCCUCGACACGUUCCUGUUGCUCCAGUACCUCCGGUCAGUCCUGUGCGCGGACGGACUCAUGAAGAUCCUGCACUCCGCCACGAACGAGAGCCAACCGCCCCAGUCGCCUCAGCUGGAAAAGCCUCGGCAGCAAUCCCAGCUGAUACCACCACCGCCACGCCUCGACGUCAGUUACAAGGGUCGGGGCCACCGGCGCCGGUCGACCGGCAGCUCUCCGCUCGCCCGCGCGUACUCCCAGGGGGCCCCCGGCAGCGCGUCCGGCUCGGCCUCGGUCGGGGGCGGGCGUGCAGGCGUCGACAGCUGGGACGGUGCCGCCGCCGAGGGUAGAGAGACGUCGGCCGCGGCGGAAGCAGUGGUCACGGCGGCUGUGCACGAGGGGAUCACCCUGGCCGGCGGCGUAGCCGUGCCUAGCGGAGGCAACGACAGUGGCCACGGGCCGCCGGGUGGCGACGCCGUCGGCGGCUUAUACGAUCGUGCCGGCAGCGGCAGCAGCACUGACGCAAGAAGGGCUUCUGCAGGCGUCGGUGCAAUGGCUGCCGCCGCCACCACGGCCGCCGGCGCCGACGCCGGCGGACCAGCCGCAAGGAUGCGAACCGUUGACGAUCUGGACUCUAGCGGCAAGAGCGAGCGCAAGGCGCGCGGCGGUCUGUCGGAGGGCGGCAGCAAGCUCGAGUACUCCUCGUCUUCUUCGGGUUCUUCCGCGGUGGCGAAGCCGCACGACGAGGCACGCGCGGUCACGGCGGAGGCGGCGGCGGCGGCGGCCAUUGCAGCGGCGGCGGCGGCCAUCGCAGCGGCGAAGGUGAAGGAAGCCGGAAGACCCUCGCCCGGCGAGCAAGGAAGCGUGACAUUGGGGGAGAUAAAGGGCAAGGACAGGAACAAGGCCAACUUGGAGCGAAGCGGAAGCGGAGAAGGGAGCAGAGAAGACGGCGCCGGUGGAAGUAUGGCCGGCGCUACCAGGCCUGACGAAGGGCUGGUCGAGGACGUCGAAGUCGACCCGAACGACCUGAACUUCGUGUACUCGUCGCGGCAGGCUACCACUGGCGUUCGCAGGGGUGACCCGGCAGCGAAACGGACAGCGGAGGCGGCCCGAAAGGUGGGAGAGGGUCUAGCCUUCGUUAAGCUUUGGCCGCUCGACGCCAAGACGGGAGCGCGCACGCCGUCCCUACGGACCGGGUUCCGCCCCUCGCCGAUCAGCGAGGUCGCGUCCCGGACGUCCGCGACCGGCGGCGGCAUGGACAUCGAAAUCCUGGCCGGGGCGGACGGCCUCGCCGCGGUGGCGAAGGCCAAGGCCGCAGCCGAUGCCGCGGCUUCGUCGGCACCGGCACCCUUGGAGCGAUCAUCGCCGGUGCCGGCGUCGGUGCGGGCGUCCUCUCCGCCGUCGUCGCUGUCUUCGCCGCCGGGCUCUCCCGCGGAGAUCGUCGACACCGCGCCGGACGGAGCGGGAUUAGAAGCGGCUGCGGCGGCGGUAAGCGGCCGUGAUGUUGGCAGCGGGGCCGGGGAGUCGUCCUCCCGGCAGGCUUCUUCGGUGGUGGCCGACAACGCGGCCGACAAUAUUGGCAUAGAGGCAAUGCCGGAGGCAGCGGCGACCGGUGAGGCCGGCAGGGCCGCGGCCGGCGAGAAGAAAGAGGCGACAGCGGCCACCCCGCGGUGGUUGGCGCUGGAAGUGGAGGUGUUCGCGGUUGGCGGCAUUAACGUGCCCUACAUGAUGUUCCUCAUCACAGUGUGCUUCGAACAGGCCCUGGCAGAGUACAUGAUGGAGAGACUCCUUCUCCGAGACAGAACGGGGCCGAGCCGCGGCUUGCCUCAAAGCGCCGUGGCGGCCGAAAGCAAGAAGAAUGAAUCCACCGAGCCUACCGGGGGCAGUGGGCAUAAGGCUGCUGCUGUUGCGGCGGCGACGGCAGGGAAGAAAGGGAACGCUUUGGACGAAGGGCCGCCUGUUCGCCACCGAACCCCUAAAGACGUGAAGUCGGUGUGCACGAUCGUGGGGCGCCUGGCGGACAAAGCUGCCGGAGGCACCUCCCCCGUCACUCAGCAGAUAGUGGCCAACGAGUCCAUCCCGGGAUGGGCCGUUCCGACGUUCGCCGCUGACCUAACACAGGCGAUCUGUCACCAACAUUCUAGCUUUUUCACAUCGACGACGGCGAUAAACCUGUCCAAGAUGGGAGAACGCCCGAAAACCGCCAUCCUCAGCAGCUUCGCGCCAGGGAGGCCCGGCAAUAGCAAUUCGACUGACGACCCCGGCCAGUACAUCAUCGUUCUCGGUCUUGAGUUUGACGGUGCGCCGAAGACCCACGUGAGGGAGGACCUCGAAGACGCGUUUAUUCGCGCAGGAGGGGCGCGUGCAGAACGGGGAGCGGUAGGAGCAGAAGGGGAAAGGGAACGAGCAGCGGCAGGAGGGCCAUCCACAAGCACCGGAGCCGUCGGCGGCGUCGGCGGCGGCGUCGGCAGCGGAGGGUCUCUGCACAACCGCCCGAUGUCGUCGUUCGCCCUAGAUCCGCCGCACCUGAAGCGGCAGCGCCCCCUCCUCGGAAUCGCAUCUGGGUGCUCAGGGUCAGGGUCUGGGUCCGGUGGCAGCGGUGGUGCCAGCGGUGGGGGGUUGGGAGGUGGACGGGAAGGAAGCGGUGGAAGGGCGGGACUAUCCUGCUGGCAACAAAAGGUGCGCCAACGCGGCAUGUUCUGCGUUAUCUCUGUAUCGACCACGAAGCAGUGGCUCACGACCUAUAACUUCAACCCCUCGUUCUUCGAGAUAUGCCGGGGAGCCAUGGCGUCGUCUAUCACGUGGGCGAGCGCUGCUAUCCCUAUUUUGCCAUACACUGCCUCGUGGUACUGCUAG